CAGACUGGAUGUGACGUGUUAGUUUUCUGCCUCGAGUUCUCUGUCAGAGCUGUGUGAGGAGGAUUCCCUCAGACGCAGAGAGUUCAGUUUUUUUCUGUGAAUGUGAGCGAGCCGCUUCUGCUUCCUCACGUGACCGCGCUUACAGAGCGAGCGCGCGCUCUUCCACUCUGGACUCUGAAGACUCUCUGGAGCGCGCAGGAUCUUAAACAGGUGUGAUGGUGAGGAUAUCCAGCUCUUUCUACAUGUUCCUGCUGGUCUUUGCCUUGGGCUUCCUCGUGUUUGAGAUUGUAGUCGGCCAGAUUUGCAGAUCUCUCCUCAUCGCGGUGGACAGCUUCCACACGCUCUAUGUUUCCAUACAUCUGGCUCUAUCAUCCCGUCCAGACGUCUGUGCUCCUGGAGCUCCGGGCUCUCUCUGUGUGGAGGACUACAGAAGGAUGCGUCUCAAACCCUUCGGCGUCCUGCUCUCAGCUCUGCUCUUGGCCUCUCAGUGUGUCUCCAUCAGUCUGGAGAUCCUCACACAUCUCGUCCAGCCUGAACCCGUUCAACACCCGCUCCUGUCCACUGUGGUUGGAGGAACUAGUCUGAUAUUCAAUGUCCUUGUGUUGGCCUGCAGCAGAGGGACUGAUGGAGCUGCUGAUGGGAUCAGCAAGAGUCUGGUGCGAAACGACACCCAUUCUACAUUUAACCCUGAAGCCUCUAGUGAUCUGGAUCCAGAAGGAGCAGAGUCACCAAAGUCCAGCAUCUCUGAUCCAGUUCAGUCCAGUCCUUGUAUCUGUGGAAGUGCUCAGGGAAUCAUUCAGCAUUCAGAGCCACUUCCAGAAGAACCGCGUCGCUCCGCCUGCACUGAACCCACCGUUUCCCGGUGUGCUCAUGAACUCAUGGGCUCCAUCGCCGUGGUCCAGGAUCUUCUGGGUUCAGUGCUGGUUCUGUGUAACGGUCUGGUUCUCCUGCUGUCUGCAGCACACUGUCAUCGGCCUCACUCCGACUGUCAUCUGCUGGUGUAUCUGGACGCUGGGUUGUCCUCGGUGUGUGUGCUGGUGUUGUUGACCGUGGCUCUGCCGAGGCUGUGGCGCUGUGGGCUGCUGGUGCUGCAGGCGACGCCGCUGCAUGUGUCCGUGGCUCAGGUGCGGCGGAGGAUCACACGAGUCCCAGGUGUGCUGUCUGUCCACGAGCUGCACGUGUGGCAGCUGUCCGAGGCGCUGCUGGUGGCCACGCUGCACGUGCACUGUCCGGCCGAGCUGAACGCAGCGCAGUGCACAGAUGUGAUGGAGAGGAUCACAGCAGCGCUGAACGCUUUCGGCAUCAAACACUGCACCGUGCAGCCGGAGCUCAGCCGGAGCGCCGCCACAGCCUGCAGUCUGCGCUGUGGUCAGGAGUGUGUGGACAAGCUCUGCUGCUCCCCUCGAGAGGAACAGGAGGAGUCCUGCUCUCCAGCGCCGGGCAGUGGUGAUCAGAUCACAGAUGUGGUUAUUCAGAGCACGUACCUGUGAUGAUCAAAGGCUCAUGGGAUGCCCAUCUUCCACGAGUUGAUUUGUGACCCUUGAUCACAAACCAGUCUUAAGGGUCAAUUUAUUUUAUUUUUUUCAUCGAGAUAAAUUCAUGAAAAGAUCUUUCCAUUGAUGCAUGAUUUAUUAUAAUCGGACAAUAUUUGGCUGAGAUGCAACUAAAAAAAAAAAAAAAAAAUCUGGAAUCUGAGGGAGCAAGAAAAUCAUCUUUAAAGUUGUUUAAAUUAAGUCUUCAGCAAUGCAUACUACUAAUCAAAAACUAUAUUUACGGUAGGAAAUUUACAGCAAAUCUUUAUGGAACAUGAUCUAUACAUAAUGUCCUUAUGAUUUUUAACAUAAAAGAAAAAUGGAUCAUUUGUAUCAUUGGCUAUUGCUACAAAUAUAUGUGCUACUAAUGACUUGUGCUUCAGGGUCAGAUCAGAUUAUUUAGGCUUUUAAGGGCCUCUUGCUUUUUCAUGCACUUGUCAAGUUUGAGUUUUUUUUCUUUUCUUUUCAGACCAGUGGAAAGAA